AUGACAAUAAUUGCAUUGGAGCGCGUCAGCACGGCUGUAGCUACAGAACCAACGGACAAAUCAACGUGGCGGACGGAUACGAGGGUUAAUAUUACCGGGCGACCGGGGAGUGCCGUCGGCGUCGCAAGCCUUAUGCCCAAUCCCUGCUUCACACGUGCGGCCUCCGUAUCUCCAUCGCCGACAUUCGAGGCUGCGCGUCCCGAGCAACAGCUGCACCAGGAUCAGAAGCAGCAAAUGCAGCAGCAACAGGGACCCCAAGCAGGUGCGGGUGGCGAAGCCGACAGUCUUCUAUCCUCACCUUCCCCUGCCCUAUCUCGCAUGACGCAGGACACUUCGUCUCCCCCGCCUCCAUUGAACUUCAACGGGUCCUCGUCCCCGUCAAAGAUUGGCUCAUCAGUCAGCUCGUCGCCUAACCAAAGCCAGAUUUGUGCUUCGCAGGUCAACCCUCCAUCUGUGCUCCCCCUUGCGCCUUACCAGCGGCAGCAAGUGCAGCAACAGGCAUACCCUCCCAAUGGCAAUGUUGCUCCACCUCUGCAACCAGCUGGAGCAAGUUCGCGCUUAGAAUGGCAGAGUGAUCAAAAUGCAUGGCUGCAACCAAACCAACAGCCCAUGAAUUCUCCCCGGCUACAGGGACAGAGCCAGGGUCAACCUAUGGUCCAGCCACAGGUUUAUCAACCGUACAACCCCGCCUAUGCGGUAUCGCAGACACGACCUUCCCCGCAGCACCCGCAGCCUGCCCAGUAUGUCCAGCUCUAUUAUUAUCAGGCACCAGGAACAGGCCAAGGGCCUCCUUCUACCCCCGGGACUGCCGCACAAGGCCAUCUCACACCAGAGACUUCAUCGCGGUUGAAAGGUUGGCGGAAUCGCCUGUCUAGUCAGUGGGCACCUAAUAUAAAGGCCGACAAGGAUAAGCCUGCCGAACCGCAGCCUGCGCUGUCGAACCACUCCAAAAAUCGUCUGUCCAGUGACAAGUUUCUAAGUGCUCUGAAGAGACCGUCCAAGCAAGCGGACGAGUCGGCGGGAUCCGCCGCGACUCCAGCUCCCCAACAGCCAGCCCAACAGCACCAGCCAGCCCACCACCAUCCCCAUUGGAUGAUGCCUGGCCAUCGCCCUCAGCAGGCCUCGCUACCCCAAGCGCAUCAGAUGCCUCCACCGCAACACGGAAUGGCCUCGGGACAGUAUCACCAACCUCAACCGCAGCCGCAGCCACAGCCACAGCAGCAGUUAUACGGUGCUCUAGGAGGACACGUGCCGGUGCAAGGAUCGUAUCUACCUCAAUGGCAGGCGACACCGGCGCCGGUCUGUGCUCCUGCUCCAGAGGGUUCCAACUCCAUGGUAUCGAGCUCUCUCCAGAAGGAACAGCAGGAUGAGAUGUCUAGAGCCACCACUGCAAAGGACACGCAAUCCCCGUCUAUGUCAUCACCGUCAAUUUCGAGCCGCCAAGGCGAAACAUCCAACCCGGGUUUGGUAUCACCCAAGACUGAUGAUGGCGACAACGUCUCCCCCACGAAGAAGGACAAUGGCGACCCAGAUGAUACGAAUGUCCCGGAGAAGGGAAAGGACAAAGCCAGGGUCCUGAGCGUUGAUGUGACGGCCAAGACGCCAGACCAUGAUGAUCUGUACGAUGCAACGCCGCGAUUGCCACAGGGUGCAGCAGACACUGGCAAGGCUAGGAAUGAUGCAGCUAUGUCAUCGUCUGACAGCGACAGUGACGGCGACGACGACAUGGCUCGUUCUGCUACUGCUGCCGGUAUCCUUACCGCUUCCAGUGUCGCUUCUCAGAUGGAGCAGAAGCCGAAACCGGAGUACAGCAAGCCUGAAUCGUCAACGGGUCAAUACGAACUCGAGGAUACGGCUGGAGCGCGCAUGCGCACGAUGCGUCUUAGUAGUCAGGAGGAGAAGAUCUAUUACGAUCCUGAUGCUGACAAGCCCAAAAUGUCGGCGACAAGUUAUCCAGGUCAAGAGUGGAAUCCGUAUAGCGAUGCAGAAUUUACAUAUUGGGACGAUUGA